AUUUUCCCAUUACUCUCUCUCUCUCUCUCUCUCUCUCUCUCUCUCUCUCUCUCUGCGUCCUCUGGCUUCUCUCCCCUACCCGACGUACGUACGUUCAUCCGAUUCCCUAAACUAGGGUUCUGCUCAUUCUCCUGGUUGUGGUCCGAUCAUUUUGCCAGUCGGAGGAAAUGAAAUCCAGAGGAUCUUCUUUAAAUCCACAUGCAGUAUCAUAUAUACCACUGUCCAAAAGGGUAGUGGACAGUAACACUGGCACUCCUGGAGGAGCAACUAGAAUUACUGAGUGCUCCAUAAACUUUGCCCAAGGUCAUGAUGAAAGGAAAGCUUGGCUUGGCUCCAAUGUGCAUGAAACUGUAGACUUCUCUAUAGGAGGAAAGUAUGCUCUGCAGAACCACCAUGCCCAGGGUUCUUCAUCACAACAUCCAGCUACUUUGCCAGAUAAUCUGAUGGCAGACGAAAUGUAUGAUAUGAAUAUAGAAUAUCUUCAGAUGGCAUUCCCGGGUCUCUCUCAUCAGUCACUGGCUGAUGUCUAUAUUGCAAAUAAGGGCGACAUGGAAGCAUCUCUUGAUAUGCUGCACGACCUCGAGUUCAACCAGUACGAGUCCCCAGAAAACCUACCCGAUACACUGGACAUUGGUGAUGUUGCAGAAACGGUUCCUGCCACCAAACAGGGUACAUUAAAAUUGAAGAAUGUAGCCGGUGAAGGAGCAGAUGCUUCGUCCUCAACAAGCCAUCCAUCAUCACUCAAUUGAUGGCUUUGGACAUCCUUGAGAUGUCUAUUCAAUGCGGUGCAAAACAUUAGUGUAUAGAUAAGGUAAAACCUUAUGUGGCCCUGUACAGUGGUCGAUGGAUUGUUUUCUUCACUGGUCUUUUGUUUUCAGGGGGGUCGAUUGUUCAUUGAUUUUUGAGAUCAUGAGCCGAAGCUGCUGUAUCAACGGGAUAUAUCGUGGGUCGAAGCGGAAGUCUAUCUUUGCUGGUUGAUUUCAAAUGAGAAGGGAAUUUCUCAAUCCUUUUCGACAAUUGUAUUCUGAAUGAACCUCCUUUUGCUUUUGCUUCCUCUCUCUCUCUCUCUCUCUCUCUCUCAUCAUAACUCUACAAAAUACAUGGAAUUCGGGCCUGAAAUUCCAGAGUACUUUGGACUGUGUCUUUUAGAAGUUAUCGGAUUGGCCCAUAUGGUUCACUUUGUGUAUGAGGUUCUUUAUGAACGUCUUGGCUCGCCUUACA